AUGUUCUUGAAUCACAUGCUGUUUGCUCAUGGAACCAUGUUAAUGCUGACAGGUGAAAAUAUUACAAAUACUGUUUUUUUAUUAUAUAGUACUUACUUAUAUUCUUUAUUACACAUUUCCAUAACCAUGCUUUUUUGUGAUCUACCUUUCUUAGGCACAACAUCAAAACGCAAAACACACUGUGACCUGUGCAGGAGUAGUCAGUGUCUAUUGGUUCAGACAUGGCUCAGGAGAAUCCCGUUCUAUCCUGGAAUCAUGUACACCCAUGGAGACAGGAGUGAUCAGUGUGAGAACAGCCCUGAGGCAGGGUCUCCUACACAGAGCUGUGUCUACAACCUCCCCAAGAGGAACCUCAGCCUCUCUGAUUCUGGUACUUACUACUGUGCUGUGGCCUCAGUCAGUUUGUGUCACACCCUGGCUCUGGGACUCUAUAUGUUGAGCCAGGGUGUGUUCAUUCUAUGUGUUCUGUUUCUAUGUUGGGUGUUCUAGGUUGUGUUUUUCUAUGUUGGCCUGAGUGACUCCCAAUCAGAGGCAACGAGUGUCAGCUGUGGGCUGGUUGUCUCUGAUUGGGAGCCAUAUUUAAACUGUCUGUUUUCCUUUUGUGUUUGUGGGUUCUUGUUCCGUGUUCGGUCUGUGUUACCGUGGACUUCACGAGUCGUUUCUUGUUUUGUAUUGAGUUUUGUGCUUUAACUAAUUAAAGUAAACAUGUUUGUUCAACACGCUGCGCAUUGGUCUACUUCUCUCCCUGACGAUAAAGACAGAAGAACCCACCAUAAAAGGACCAAGCAGCGUGUCCAGGAGCAGGCAGACUGGACAUGGGAGGAAGCGCCGGGAAAGGAGAUGGAGAGGUUGGCGAUGGCCCAGGUGGGCAAAUCGUGGUCCUGGGAGGACAUGCUCGGGGGCAAGGGACCUUGGGAUAGGAUUAAGGCCCUGGCGAGAGAGGAGCAGCGGCAUCAGCAGUGCCUUCGUCGGACGGACGAGAGGCAACCCCAAAAAAAAUGUAGGGGGGGGCACACGGCAUGGGCGGCUGGGCAGCAGGAGGCUGCCACAGGGCGAUUUGGAGAGGAGGCCACCGGGUUAGGGGGGCCAGAAGGCAGGUUGGCAGAGCCUGGAUGGAGAGCGGAACCAACUUCCCGUACUCAGGCAUGGCAGCAUGGGACGGGGCAGGUUCCGCGGUAUGCGGAGCGGCGUACUGUGCCACGAGUGGUCCGGCAUAGUCCUGUAAGUCCUGUGCGAGCACCCCGCACGUGUCGUGCGAAGGGGGGUAUGCAGCCAGAACGGAGUGUGCCGGCUCAACGCUCGUGGUCUCCAAUGCCUCUCCGCGGUUCCGGAUAUCCUGCUCCAGUGUCACGUGCUGUUAUGCCAGUACGGGUACACAGCCCUGUACGUCCUGUGCGGAUGCCUCACACAGAGUGUGUGAGGGUAGGCAUUCAGCCGGGACGGGUUGUGGCCGCUCUUCACUCCAGGUCUCCUAUCCGUCUCCACAGCCCGGUUCGGCCUGUCCCUGCUCCACGCACCAAACCUACGGUGUGUGUCGCCAGCCCAGUCCGGCCUGUCCCUGCUCCACGCACCAAACCUACGGUGUGCGUCGCCAGCCCAGUCCGGCCUGUCCCUGCUCCACGCACCAAGCCUACGGUGUGCGUCGCCAGCCCAGCCCGGCCUGUCCCUGCUCCACGCACCAAGCCUACGGGGUGCGUCGCCAGCCCAGCCCGGCCUGUCCCUGCUCCACGUACCAAGUCUACGGGGUGCGUUGCCAGCCCAGCCCGGCCUGUCCCUGCUCCACGCACCAAGCCUACGGGGUGCGUCGCCAGCCCAGCCCGACCUGUUCCUGCUCCACGCACCAAGCCUACGGUGCGCGUCGCCAGCCCGGCCAGGCCUGUUCCUGCCACUCGCACCAAGUCUACGGUGCGCGUCGCCAGCCCGGCCCGGCCUGUUCCUGCCACUCGCACCAAGCCAGGGGUGCGAGUCGUCAGCCUGGUCCAGCCCGUUCCUGCCACUCGCACCAAGCCAGGGGUGCGAGUCGUCAGCCUGGUCCAGCCCGUUCCUGCUACUCGCACCAAGCCAGGGGUGCGAGUCGUCAGCCUGGCAAGGCUCGUCGCUGCUCCACGCACCAAGCCAGGGGUGCGAGUCGUCAGUCCGGUGAGGCCCGUUCCGGCUCCACGCACCAAGCCAGGGGUGCGCAUCGUCAGCCCGGUCCGGCCCGUUGCUGCUCCACGCACCAAGCCAGGGGUACGAGUCUUCAGUCCGGUGAGGCCCGUUCCGGCUCCACGCACCAAGCCAGGGGUGCGUAUCGUCAGCCCGGUCCGGCCCGUUGCUGCUCCACGCACCAAGCCAGGGGUGCGUGUCGUCUGUCCGGCACAACCCGUGCCUGGGUCACCGGUGCCUAACCAGGUACCGGUCAACGGCUCCAUUACGGAGCUGAAGCUAACCGCUCCUGCUACGUCCAGUCCAGCUCCAGCCAGCGGGGCCAGACCGGACCAGGGGCGCUAUGGGGGGUUUGUUGGAGGGUGGUGGGCAAGGCCGGAGCCAGAACCGCCGCCGAGGAGGUAUGCCCAUCCAGUCCUCCCCUGUUUUGCUCUUAUUGAGGCGCGGUCGCAGUCCGCGCCUUUAGGGGGGGGGGGUACUGUCACACCCUGGCUCUGGGACUCUAUAUGUUGAGCCAGGGUGUGUUCAUUCUAUGUGUUCUGUUUCUAUGUUGGGUGUUCUAGGUUGUGUUUUUCUAUGUUGGCCUGAGUGACUCCCAAUCAGAGGCAACGAGUGUCAGCUGUGGGCUGGUUGUCUCUGAUUGGGAGCCAUAUUUAAACUGUCUGUUUUCCUUUUGUGUUUGUGGGUUCUUCUUCCGUGUUCGGUCUGUGUUACUGUGGACUUCACGAGUCGUUUCUUGUUUUGUAUUGAGUUUUGUGCUUUAACUAAUUAAAGUAAACAUGUUCGUUCAACACGCUGCGCAUUGGUCUACUUCUCUCCCUGACGAUCGUGACAGUUUGUUCAUUCUUCGUUGUUGAAGUCCAUGACAAUUAGAAACACAGCUCCACUGAUGUACUGCAUGCCAUGUUGACUAACACAAUAUCUUAUAACUUACAAGAUUAUAGGUUUGAUCAAUUAUUGAACUGUAAUCAUUAGUUUACAGAAUGUAGAGUAGAAGGUGUAUCCAUGCUACAGCCAAGAGCCCUACCCAGCCAGUUACACCCCUACACGCUUAGAAAAAAGGGUUCCAAAAGGGUUAUUUGGCUGUCCUGAUAGGAUAGCCCUUUUUAGUUCCAGGUAGAACCCUUUUCAAACUCGGCUAAGUGAAUCGAACGAGCGUGCUCUCACGCUUCCUUAAAAUACCUUUGCUUGAAAAACUAGACAAAAGUGGCAAAAGCACUUUUUGUCCGUUUUGAGACGCCGUAGCUAGUAUACACUUCCUCAAGAUAAAAUGUCAUUCAUUUUGAAGUUUUUGCAGAGGAGAUCUUAAUCUAAGUAAGUAUGUUCAGUGCAGGAUUUCUCAAGUGAAAAAUGUGCAUGAAAACGAUUAGUCUCUCAUUGAAUGACAACCAACACUUUAUUGAAGAAUCCCUACUGUUGACCAAUCACAGACGAAGGGGCAUAGACUUUGGCUACCGGCUUUAGCUACCGACUUUGGCUACUGACUUCGGUUUGCCUCAAGAAUUUUUUGGUGUUCAUGAACAACCGAAAAACCCUUGUCGAAGAACAAAAUGAACAAAAACAUCACAAAAUGUCGACAUAAUAUAUGCACAAACUAUUCCGAACUGUUUCGGCUGGAAAGCAUGUGGCCGCCUUUACACUUCAGAAUGUUUCUGUGAAUGAUAGGGAAAUACACUUGACUUGUUUCAUCCUGUAAGUGAUUCCUCCAUAUACACUCGUAAUGCUCCACCCCUAUUCUCGCUGGCACAUAUCAAGACAUGCUCUAUGCACUACAGACCUCCUAGAGGUCAUUUUGAGUAUUGUAACUGUGGAAUGACCUGGUAAAAAUAGUAUUUUUCUCUACUUUCGGUGCACUUGGUUUAACUUGACCAGUGCAAUUGAGGCAAAAUAAUUAAAGUACACCUAAGUGUGAAAAGAAUAAUAGCCUACUUUUUUGAGCUAGGUCUGUCCAGAGAGGUGAGAAAACCACAAACCUUCAUCAGUCCAGUCAGUAGUCUGUGUGACUCUGUACAUUUACAUUUACAUUUUAGUCAUUUAGCAGACGCUCUUAUCCAGAGCGACUUACAGGAGCAAUUAGGGUUAAGUGCCUUGCUCAAGGGCACAUUAACGUCAUUUAGCAGACGCUCUUAGCCAGAGCGACUCACAAAUUGGUGCGUUUACCCUAUAGCCAGUGGGAUAACCACUUUACAAUUUGGGGGGGGGGGGGGGUUAGAAGGAUUACUUUAUCCUAUCCCAGGUAUUCCUUAAAGAGGUGGGGUUUCAAAUGUCUCCGGAAGGUGGUGAGUGACUCCGCUGUCCUGGCGUCGUGAGGGAGCUUGUUCCACCAUUGGGGUGCCAGAGCAGCGAACAGUUUUGCCUGGGCUGAGCGGGAACUAUGCUUCCGCAGAGGAAGGGGAGCCAGCAGGCCAGAGGUGGAUGAACGCAAUGCCCUCGUUUGGGUGUAGGGACUGAUCAGAGCCUGAAGGUACAGAGGUGCCGUUCCCCUCACUGCUCCAUAGGCAAGCACCAUGGUCUUGUAGCGGAUGCGAGCUUCAACUGGAAGCCAGUGGAGUGUGCGGAGGAGGGGGGUGACGUGAGAGAACUUGGGAAGGUUGAACACCAGACGGGCUGCGGCAUUCUGGAUGAGUUGUAGGGGUUUAAUGGCACAGGCAGGGAGGCCAGCCAACAGUGAGUUGCAAUAGUCCAGACGGGAGAUGACAAGUGCCUGGAUUAGGACCUGUGCCGCUUCCUGUGUAAGGCAGGGUCGUACUCUCCGAAUGUUGUAGAGCAUGAACCUGCAGGAUCGGGUCACCGCCUUGAUGUUGGCGGAGAACGACAGGGUGUUGUCCAGGGUCACGCCUAGGCUGACCUAGUGUACAAGAAUAUGCUACAUAAUCAUAGGUGUCAACGAAAACGAUGGGUGUUUCUCUAAAUGCAUACUAUCAUGCUCCGAGCACGCAAAUUGGAGCACGGGAGUGUCGGAGUAUCAAAAUCAAAGUAUGCAAAAUGGAGCACGGAGGGCACUUCUUGAAUGCGUACUCCGCUUGUACAUAUUCUGAAGCAUGCAUCAAUGCAAGCUUCAUCAGAAAGUAUGGAAAGAAAUAUUACGCAACCACAUAAAAAUAAAUCAACAUUUCUUGAAAUCAAUUGCGUCCAUUAUUUGAGCUGAAGCGAGAGAAAAUACAAUCCGACUUCGAAAUGAAAUGUUGCCUAUUCACAUCUCAUAUGUUGCCACAUAAUUUUUAUGUGGUUAUGCCUUAUCUUGAUACGUUUAUAAAUACAUGCUGUGUUCAUUUUGGCAUGUUUACCUGCCUACGUACUGUAAAUCGCAAGCCCAUGAUAAGUCAAUAGGGCUAACUGGUAUAAAGAAGAUAGCCCUUUUUGGUAAAAGACCAAGUCCAUAUUAUGGUAAGAACAGCUCAAAUAAUUAAAGAGAAACGACAGUCCCAUCAUUAUUUUAAGACAUGAAGGUCAGUCAAUACGGAAAAUGUCAAGAACUUUGAAAGUUUCUUCAAAUGCAGUCGCAAAAACCAUCAAGCGCUAUGAUGAAACUGGCUCUCAUGAGGACCGCCACAGGAAUGGAAGACCAGAGUUACCUUUGCUGCAGAGGAUAAUUAAGUUCAUUAGAGUUACCAGCCUCAGAAAUUGCAGCACAAAUAAAUGUUUCACAGAAUUCAAGUCACAGACACAUCUCAACAUCAAUUAUUCAGAGGGGACUUUAUGAAUCAGGCCUUCAUGGUCGAAUUACUGCAAAGAAAUCACUUCUAAAGGACACCAAUAAUAAGAAGAGACCUGCUUGGGCCAAGAAACGUGAGCAAUGGACAUUAGACCGGUGGAAAUGUGUCCUUUGGUCUGGAGUCCAAAUUUGAGAUUUUUGGUUUCGACCACCGUGUCUUUUUGAGACGCGGUGUUGGUGAACGGAUGAUCUCCACAUGUGUAGUUCCCACCAUAAAGCAUGGAGGAGGAGGUGUUAUGGUGUGGGCGUGCUUUGCUGGUGACACUGUCAGUCAUUUAUUCAGUAAUCAAGGCACGCUUAACCAGCACGUCUACCACAACAUUAUGCAGCGAUACGCCAUCCGGUUUGGGCUUAGUGGGACUAUCUUUUGUUUUUCAACUGGACAAUGACCCAACACACAUCCAGUCUGUGUAAGGGCUAUUUGACCAAGAAGGAUAGUGAUGGAGUGCUGCAUCAGAUGACCUGUCCUCCACAAUCCCCCGACCUCAACCCAAUUGAGAUGGUUUGGGAUGAGUCGGACGGCAGAGUGAAGGAAAAGCAGCCAACAUGUGCUCAGCAUAUGUGGGAAGUCCUUCAAGACUGUUAAUAAUAAUAAUUGCAGGUGAAGUUGGUUGAGAGAAUUCCAAGAGUGUGCCAAGCUGUCAUCAAGGAAAAGGGUGGCUAUUUGAAGAAUCUCAAAUCUAAAAUAUAUUUUGAUUUGUUUAACACAUUUUUGGUUACUACAUGAUUCCAUAUGUGUUAUUUCAUAGUUUUGAUGUCUUCACUAUUAUUCUACAAUGUAGAAAAUAGUAAAAAUGAAGAAAAACCCUUGAAUGAGUAGGUGUGUACAAAAUGUUGACUGGUACUGUAGGUAGAGUUAUUAAAGAAAGCCAUGAAGAACUAUUAGCUAGUUACCCACAAAGAAUUGACAUAUAUUUUGCAUAACAUUAGUUUAAGGUCAUUUUUGCCUGUUAAACUAUCUGGUUAGCUACAUUACUAUGAUUCACAUAUAGCUAGCUGAUAGUUAUGAAGUAAAACAGUUGUUUUGUGUUUAUCUAGUUUUGUCUCUAUUGCCAUUGUCCUGGCUUGAAGACGGUUCAGUGAAUGGGUAAGUCGCAAGUCCAUAGUAUGUCAAUUGGGCUAACUGGAUAGCUAGCUAACCACAAAGAAUUGCUAGCUACCCACGAAAAAUGUACAUCUACCUUGCAUAACAUUAGAUUUAGGUCAUUUUUGCCUGUUUAACUAUCUUGCUAGAUAGAUUAUUAUUAUUCACAUAUGUAGCUGGCAAUUAUGAAGUAAAACGUUUUCUUUGUGCAUAUCUAGUUUUGUCUAUUAUUACCAUUGUCAUGGCUGGAAGAAGGUUCAGAGAAUGGGGAGGUGCAGCGUGAGGUAAUACAGUUGGGGGAGUGUGAAUACUUCUCAAAUGUAAUAUUUUAUGCAUUCUCCACACUCUCGUGCUCACAAGAAUAUACUCAAGAGAACGUCGUCAGAGAAUGGACUCGGAGCAUGAGAGUGUGGAGCAUGGUAGAACGUAUAUUGAGAAACACCCUAUGCCUACCAGUUGAACCGAUCACCGUUUACCCCAUUGUUGAAGUGUUGUUCAAAUGGGUAGACUUUUUCCACACACGAUAAUCUCUUCAAAGAUGAUGUCACUGUGUAUGAUAUUUCUAUUUCUCAAACAAAUGGGUGAGUUAAACCUUUAUAAUUAUGUGCUUCCUAAAAAAUACAAGAGGUAUGUUAGUAGUAUUCACAGACAAUUUGAGGCAUCUACAUCCAACACUGGAAUGGUUGUAUUUUGUAUAAUGGCUAACAUAUUUGAAUAUGUAAUGUUUUUUUUUGUGACAGUCCCAGCCAGCCCUUUGUCUAUAGUGUCAGCCAAUGUUGGAGGCACAGUAACUUUGCAUUGUGUCAACUUAAACUGCCUGUGAUUGGUAUAAAUGUUUUUUUAAUCUAUAUCUCUUAUCCAUUUUCUAUUUUCUUAUUUUACAGUUUGUGCAUUGACUAUGGACAACAAGACCUGGUGAUAGUAACUCAUCUGGGAGGUAGUGUGACUCUCAAUUGCUUUUGUCCAUCUAGUUUGAUGACCUAUGUUGCUUGGUUCAAGCAGACUGUUGGACAGAAGCCUCUACUCAUGGCAUCAUCAGUUCACACCAAUCAAGAUAGUUGUUAUACAACAACUUUAUGAAGGACUUUAAUGAGACUAAACGUUUGAGUGUGAAGAGAGGAGUUGACAGCUGUAACCUGACCAUCUCCAAGACAGAGUCAGGGGACUCAGCUACAUACUAUUGUGGUGUGCUUUGUUCGUGA